UUGCAUACAAAAUACAUGUUGGAUAUCUGUACUUUUUAUUCUGUACCUGUUUACUCAACAAUCUACAGUGAGUGCUUUUUCCCAAAAGUUCAGUGCACUCAUCAAACAACAGUAGAAUCAAAGCUAAUGCAGGCUUCUGAAAAUGCAGACACCCAUUUCAUCUGCUUCACAUGUGUUGAUGGACAACUCUAUGAACAUGAUGGAAGGAGGUCCGGACCAAUUUCAUCUAUGCAUCUACUACUCCAAGUAGACUGUUGCAGGAUGCUGCUAAAGUUAUACAAAAGAUUAUGCAGAAAAAUCCAGACUCUGAUGAACUUCAACGUCAUUGCCAUUUCAAAGAGAGUUAAAGGUGAUGCUUUCCGAGGGUCCGUGAUCUUCUGGCUAAGUUGAGUCUCUUUAUAAAAAAAAAAAAAAAAGAAAAAAAAUUAAAUCCGUUCACCUAAGCUUUCACUUCCCAUGGUGAUGGGGGGUUUUGCAUGGUUCCCUAUCGUGUCUGUUAUUUCAAAGGAAGGGGGAGGGACAUAAGAAGCUUACCUCCAUACAAGCAUAGGUAAGGAAGAGAGAUCCAUUAGGGGAUCACCCUAUAUAGCACAGCUAAAAAUCCCCCCCCCCCCCCCCCCCAAAAAAAAAAAGGUAAAUCGACCAAAAAAAGGUUUCUUAACAUGUAUGUCUGUCAAGUUGAUAGUGGACAAGUUUGGUUGGACGUAGGGAGUAAAAACUUUGACGUUCUCCUGAAUUUGAGAGCCAUUGACCAUGUUGCAAUAACCUUGGAGUCCAUUUCCACAGCAAUGUUGUCAUUAUUGUUAACCCUGCGCCAUUUAAUACCAAAGUACUUCAGCCAUGUUAUUAGUACAGAAGCUCAUGCAACCUGUGAAGACCAUAACCAGGGGCCCAUUACUGUCUCUCAAAACCCACCUGCCCCUACCUUGGCCUCUUCAAUGUACAUAAGUGCUGCUUAUUAUCCUGGUUUAAACCUUUCAGCCAUAGUCCAGAAGUCGAUCCAAGAAAGAUUAAGAGGGAUCCAAAUUGCACUCCUUUCUCGUACCAAAUCUUGAUGUUGAAUAAGUUUCGUGAACUACUCUGGAGAAAGAAAAGUUUGCCAUCUCAUACUCUUAGUAGCACAACCUGUUUUCCAUAACUCCUAACCAUUCAAAAGGAUGGUAUGAGCUUGAAGAUGAGGUCAAGAAGUUUGUUCCCAUGAUCUUGAAGGUUAUUAUCCUUUGAGCUUGAUGCCCAAAGCACUGGCAAAUACACACACUACUCUCUUUGACAAGGCAUGUUUUGGACAAAAAGGUGGCAAGGGAAUUCUGUUCUAAGACGGAUUGCAUAUGAAAUUGGUUUGUUCAACAUCCUUCAAUUCAUAAAAGCUACUUUUAACAAGAGCUUAAAAGGUUUUGUGCCAUCACGUUUAGACACGAAACAUUUCUGUUCCAUUUCUUAGAAGAGAUCGUUUUAAUCACUACUCCAAUUUGAAUGUAAGAUUUCGAAUACCCAAGAAGUGAAACAAGUCUUUGUUGGGUGGGUUAAAAUUUAUUUAAUGUAAACAAAUGUACCCAUGGAAAGACGAAUAAACAAACAAUUGUGGACAUAACAUGACCUGUUAAACCAAAAGCAAAUGCUGC